CACAAGCCAUCUUCCACUCUCCCUGCUGCCACCAUCACGAAAAGCUGCAAUUCGCAAAGAUGCAACUCACCAACUUCCUCCCUGCCCUCCUCCUCUCCUUCUCGGUGACGACUUUAGCCCAAAAAUGCAACCCCAACCACAACCUCAAAUGCUGCAAGGUCCGCAAUUCGCUGGCCGACGGUGCGGUCACCGACGUGACUGAUGGGGCGGGUGCGGCGCUCGACCCGGAGUUGCUAGGGACUGUGGGCGUUGAUUGUGACACGGUUUCAAGAGCUACAGACUGUGAGGUUGCCCGGGGGUAUGCUCUGGCGUGUUGUGCGGGUGACCCAGGAGACGAGGCGGCAGUGGUUUGUCAGAAGCCGAUUCCAGGACAGACUACGGGCGAGGCAGUGGGUGAGACUUCAGGGAAGGCCUCGGAUGUGGCUGGAGAGAAGAGGUUGGACGAGGGCAAGCGCUGAGUUUAUAGAUUGAUGUAGCUACGACAGAGCAGUGCAAGCAUUUGCCCGUGAUGGAAUACAAACCCCUAAC